AUGAAGCGCUCACGAGAGCCCGAGGAGCAGUUAGAACUCGAUCCUCAAGCCGAGGACUCUCAUCAUCUCGCAACCGCUGACGCCGACGCUGAUCUUCGACCCGUCUCGAAAAUCGCCGGCCUCGACUCACACGUCGAAGACGACGGCGGCGAAAUCGUAAUGAGAUGCUCACUGCCCCCUCACAAGGAGCCGCUCGGGUUCCGGUAUUACGGCGACUACGAGGCUCACUAUCACAAGUUCCACACCAACAGAUGCAUUGAGUGCCGCAAAAACUUCCCCACAGACCACCUUCUCGGUAUACACAUCGAAGAAUGCCAUGACCCCUUGGCGAGGGUUGCCAGGGACAAGGGCGAACACACGUAUUCUUGCUUUGUCGAGGGGUGCGAGCGCAAGUGCAUGACUCCUCAGAAGAGGCGGCUUCAUCUAAUUGACAAGCACAUGUACCCCAAGAACUUCUUCUUCGCCGUCACAAAGGAAGGCAUUGACGGCAAGCGCUCGCUUCUCAUCGAGCCCAGCCGUCGGCGCAGGUCCUCAGCUGGCUCGCAAGCGCAGGUCAAGGAGCUUCGUCGUCGUGCGAACACGCUUGAAAAGGAAACUUCCAACUCCGACAACAAGCCACAGACCCCUCUGCCAUCAACGACAACUCAGGCAGAUCAAAGCAAAGCGAAGCUGGAGAAAUCAGUCGACACUGACAUGGCAGAUCUGACGGGGGCCAUGUCAGCUCUACAGUUUGUCCCUCCGAGCAUCCGAUUUGGCCGGGGCCGGCCAGGAUUCUCGAAAAGGUGA